UGGGCUUUCAAGCUUCGUGCUUUUCGGCCGCCGCGCGCUGCUCAGCUGCUUUUCGCCUCUGCUCCGAACAGAGCUUUCGAUAUCUCGCGAUUUUUUUUGUAAACGAUUUUAGCGUGCGCUUGCCAUUCGAAAUAUUGUUUGUUUUAGUGCCUGAUUCGGUGUUUAAGAUUAUGUUUUGGUGGUUGACAAGAUUUCUCUUCUGCACGUUACCAAGUAAUUAAGCGAAUACUGAAGUUUUAUUUGACAAUUUCGCCGCGGAUUUCAAUAUGACCGAGUGAUGAGUGUGAACGUAACGUAGGCGAAUCGUGUUUGGCGUCAUUCGUGACGUCGAAAAUAAACUGAAAGUGAGAGGCUCGCGCGCCAAACGGCCCCUGGGGGGCGUCUGGGAGUGCGACGUUAACGUCGACAGUACUAUCGAAGAGGAGCCACAUUCACACAUGGUGCAGCCAAGCAACAACAACAACGGAAGCUCCGACAUGGACUCGCUCGAGGACAUGUUGCGGAAGCUAUCCGAGUUGGAGCAAAGGGUGUUGGAAGCCGAAGGGCGGGCUGAAGAGGCCGAGGAUAAGGUACGAAUAAUGGAACAGAAGUUGGCGUGGUCCGUGCAGAGUGACCCCAACAGCGCUCAGAUCCACCGCCUCGAAGGAGAAGUCGAGGAACAACGUCAAUUAAGACUGCACGACGCCAAGCAGGUCGAGGCCAAAGCGGCUCGAAUCAAGGAGUGGGUCACCAACAAGCUCAAGGAGUUGGAGAUCCAAAACCAGACGUUGCGCGAGCAGAACAUCAAAUGCAAUCAACAAUUAGAGCUGCUGAGGAACCACUUGGCCCUGAACGAGCGCAGGAGAUCGGAGAGUUGCUCGCCGGAACCGCGACAGUUUCCGCAACCGAGCAGCGCGCCUCUUAGCCAGAAACACCGACGACACCAAUCCGUUUGCCUUUCGACUAACACCAAUUUCGAACCUGUGAUACCCAGCACUUUAGUGACCAGCGUUAAUUUCGGAACGAGUACUUCGAGUAUGGAUCCUUUUACCGAUGAAUUGCGCGCCGCUGUCGAUAAUCUUAGUAUAGGACGGAUACCCAGCAGCAGCGCCAGCGAUCCUGAUCUUGCUCAUGAUUACGCAGAAAUUUACACCCCCAGCAGGGAGAAGGUGACGUGGCCUAGAGCUCCUACGCCGCCUAUUCAUAGGUUUCCCAGCUGGGAAGAUAGAAUUUAUCAGGUGGCUGCUGAUGGUUUAACGCUCACCGGAACAACUCCGAGCGAUUUGGGUCCGGAACAAGCUGGUUACCAAGAUAUUCCAGUUCCUGUAUACGCUACAGUUAAAGGAAGAGCUAGCCAGAUAAGGUCGAUGCCUUUCACUGGAGAUUCCUCCGACGAUUCCAGCGAUGGAGAAGGGAACAACGUAACAGCUGUGGAUGGUACGAACACUCACAGUAGAAGUUCCGGUGAUACUACAGGUUCUAGUCCGGGCAAACGAACUGCAUCCAGCAGCAGCGGAUCGCCGAGUAAAAGUAAAACCAGAGAUACUUCCUUCGAAUCUGGAAUGUCCGAUGAUUAUGCAGUCCCGCCAGAUGCUUUAAGUUGUGAUACCACUAGCUUAGAAUCCUCGAUGCUUCUUAGAGCUUCGUCGUAUUUAGAUAGUCCAAAGAGAAUAGAAAGUCUAGAAAAGUGCGGAUCGUUAGCUAAAUUAGGAGGUAAAUUGAAGACGUGGAGAAAAAAAUGGUUCGUGUUGAAAAACGGCAUUCUAACGUAUUAUAAAAGUCAAAGCGACAUCAACAGAAAACCCCAAGGACAAAUAAUGUUAGACGAAAUUUGUAAAAUUACUCGAGCCGAUGGCUCCAACACCUUUGAAAUAGAUACUGGAAAGAAAACCUAUUAUCUAACGGCAGAUUCUAUGACUGCUAUGGAAGACUGGGUGAGAACAUUACAAAACGUGCAACGAAGAAACGCAACUAAACUACUUCUAAGCAGAGAUGAGAGUAAACCCAUUCUACAGGGUGUAUUGAAGAAAGUUAAGAAUGGUAUUCCGCGCGAAUGUUGGUGUGUGUUGAUAGGAAAAAUGUUUUUAUACUUCAAGAAGUCUACGGACCCAACACCUCAUGGUCAAAUAAACAUGCGAGACGCCAAAGUAGAGGAGAUUGAGCACUUAUCCGAUUCAGACUCGGAAGAACAGGAUUCCGAUCAGCCUAAAUUCACCGUGGGAAUAUUUCCUAAUAAUCAAGCGCCAACCUACUUGCAUUUUACAGUCAAACAGGAAAAAGACGCUUGGUUGUAUCAUUUGACUGUGGCUAGCGGAGGUGGACCGAACACCGGCACUCAAUACGAACAACUCGUACACAAACUGAUGGAAGUCGAUGGAGAUCCGAACUGUGUCUUAUGGAGACAUCCGAUAUUACUACACGUGCCUUGUACGAAGGACGGCGCUGUUCCAUCCUAUUUUCCAUUAACCAGCCUACCAUCAGAAACUUUACAGGCCGAAGCCAUAAAGCUGUUCAAAUGCCUUCAAUUAUUCAUGUCGGCGGCCGUCGAUCAAGCAGGCAUCGAUUAUCACGUGGUACUGGCCCAGAACGCUUUGCAACAAUGCCUGGACAUGCCGGAUUUGCAAUCCGAAUUGAUUUGCGCUCUGGUAAAGCAAACCAGCAAGAGCGCCCCCUUGCCCAAACUCGGAGUCCAGGUAUCCAAACAAAAAUUGUUAAAAAAAAGCCAGCUGCUCCUUUGCGCCACGCAAAGUCUCUUUACCUGCGAAACGAACACGCCAAGCAUAAAUAGCACCGUGUCUGAUCAACAAAUCGCCUUGUCCAACACGCAGGCCGCGCAAGAAGACAAAUACAAAGACCACAAGGAGUGCUACAAGGACCACAAGGAUCCCAAAGGUCCGCCCGUUUACACGUUGCUGCAAGGAUGGCAGCUGCUCGCUUUGGCCGUCAGCCUGUUCGUACCGAAAAAUUCCAUGCUGCUUUGGUUCCUCAAGCUUCAUCUCCGGCGCAACGCCGAAAAUCGAACCGAAUGCGGUAAAUACGCGGCGUACUGCGAACGGGCGCUCGAACGGACCAUUCUGGCAGGUGGCCGGGAAUUGAAACCGUCCCGCAUGGAGGUGCUCAGCAUCCUCCUGAAGAACCCCCAGCACCACGCGCUGCCGCACUCGAUGCCCGUCCACCUGCUCAACGGCACCUACCACAUCACCAGCUUCGACGGCUCGACGUCCGUCAAGGAAUUCCGCGACAGCCUCGCCCAGGAGAUCGGCUGUCGCGUCGCCAACGGCUUCGCCAUCUUCAGCGACGAUCCCAUCGAGCGGGACCUCGAGCACACGCUCGAUCCGGCCGCCAAGCUGUGCGAUUUGAUCUCCAAGUGGGAGAUCGCGCUGCGCGAGAAGGGCCUGGGGAAGUUCGAGAACAGCAAGGUCAUCCGGUUGACCUACAAGAGCCGGUUGUGGUGGAAGAGCAGCUCGAAGUCGGAGACGGAGAAAGAGCGGCUGUUGCUGUCGUACCAAAUCAACAGGCAGAUAGUCGACGGGCGGUUUCCGGUUACCAGAGAGGCGGCGUUGGAGUUCGCUUCGCUGAUGGCUCAAAUGGACGCGGGCGAUUGUUCUCUGACGAACAAAAGCGCCGCCGGUACUCUGAGACAUCAAAGCUCCUCGAACGCGCACCAAAGCCUCAAAUCGACCAGAAACGGUACUUUGAGUCCGCCGGCGUCCGCGCAGAAUUCCGGUACUUUGAGCGCUCUGAACGACGUCCACGGGAUCCUGGCGGCUCACUCCGAUCAGGCUUUGAGCGCCAUCGAUAAGUUCUACCCGUACCGGUACAGGGACCAAGCGGACCAGGAGGGAUUGGCCGAGCUGCAGGCGAAGCUGAUGGCGAAGUGGAGGGCGCUGAAGGGCAAGACGCAAUCGGAUUGCGUCAGGGCUUACUUGAAUUCCACCAGGAAGUGGCCUUACUUCGGAGCGAGUUUGUUUCAGGCUCGUCUAAGACAACCAGACUCUCCGAUGACGUGGUUAGCCGUAAACGAAGACGCCAUAACGGUCUUAGAUUUGGCAACCAUGCAACAACGAGUCAGAUACCCCUACACGAACGUCCUAACAUUCGGCGGUUGUCAAGAAGACUUCAUGUUGGUCGUGACGCAAAACGAUCAGCAGCAACCCUCUCAGAAAUUGAUAUUCUCAUUGAGCAAACCGAAAAUACUCGAACUGACGCUGCUGAUCGCCGACUACAUGAAUUUGCUGAUCAACAAUCCGGGCACGCCGCUGUUGGGCACGCUGAGCAGAGGCACCGUGGUGUCGGUGAAUCAAUCGGCGGUGAACCAGACGGUUUUGAACCAAGUCGGCGUCAAUCAGAGCCAGCCCGAUAUUUUGAAAUCGACGCCCGAUCACGGGGUGCAGCGUUGCGAUUCGAAGCGUCGGACUCACGUCGAUUCCGGUUUGGCGUGAUAGAGAGAAAAAUAAUCGUAAAAAUUGAGGAUGCCGGUCUAGCGUGCGGUCUACCCGAAUUUAUUUUAUGCGAAGGGUUUGUUACGGAAUAUGACGGCGAGAUUUUUGAAGAUGACCUUUUGUUAAGCGUAUGAAAACUUUUUACUGGUAUUGUAUUAUUUAGAGAACAGUAUGUGGGUGAUUCAAUUUACCGAGAAUCGGGAAAGUAUCAGUAAUCAACCUGAUACACAAUUUUGUUUUUACCAGAAAUAUUUGUUUAAACUGUUAAAUAGCUAACUAAAGAUUAAAAGUGUUGGUGACACGUCAAAAUAUUUAACUUUUUAAAAGUUAAAAAAGUUUAUUCAGUUUAAACGUUAUUAAAAGUUUAAAAGUUAUUCAUCGA